AUGCCAAAUGAUUGGACAGUUUUGAUAAUAUGCGAAGAACUGAUAUGUCAAAACAAGCAAACUGGAGAAACUGUGGAAACCGGUGGUUGUGAAGACGAAUAUCGAUCCAUAGUUGGAACACAUCCCACACUUGGCAGUAUGCUACCAAUUACUGUCAAUUACAUAUGCGAAGAAGGAUCGUGCAUUGAGCGUACGACGAAUCGUUAUGCUACACGAUUAUGUGCUUGUACCGAGCACAACUGUAACCUGAAUGGUAUUGAUGACAAUAUUCGUGAUUAUCAUGAACGCGUCCGAAAAGGACUUGUAAAAAGACCACCUGAUUUUGCAAAUCCUGUGGGACAAACUGUCCAAAUUUUGAUAGAUGGAUGA